AUGAGGACUCAAGGGUUAGCGGAGUCCUACGCGGGACUCUCACGCCUAGACCACGGCGAAGAAGGGCAUAGAGUUUCUGCAUACUUUCGUGGAAUUCUGCCACUUCGACUAUGGCCUCUGUUUUUCGUUUCGAAAAGGAAAGCCGUGUCCCCUGUCUCUAAACAUGGAAGAUCUGAAAAAGAUGGAAGAAAUACUGUCGAUGGUUCUCCCAGUGCUAAAGGUACCCUGGACAGUUACCUGGUUUCCUCGCAGGAAAUUCCAGUGCUGCUAGGCUGUCAUACACUACCACCGAUCCUUCGGCGGUGGCGGAUGCAGUUAAAAGAGUUUAGCACCUCAACUCAGAAGGGACUAACAAAUGAUUUACCAAGGCGAGGGAUGAAGCAGUUGAAAAACCUGACCGAGAAGAUUGCUCAGAUAGAAGACAGGAACCCUGACGACAUCAAUCCUGAUGCUGCUGGUAAUUCUUCAGCGUUUGUGUCUGGCAGUAACACACAGGUUUACUCUGGUGAUGAUGCUAUUGCUCGGGACAGAGGCUUUAGAAGAUGCAAUUAUACACCCAAGUCAUCUGCGAAUAUGAAUAAAUGCUUCACACCAGGAUCCUUGGUUGUUAAAGAAUGCAUUAAGGAGACCCCAAAGUCAACGCGUGGGAGCUCAAUGUUUUCGCCUGGGGAGGCAUUUUGGGACGAAGCAAUUCAACUAGUAUGGAGGGCAAGCCAAGCAAAAUAUUGCAUCAGAGUCAGAGCAGAGGCGAGAGAAUUGGAGAGGGUGAAAUCUAGCAAGAACUUCACUGUAUUUGGGACCGCUCAUGCAGAUGAAAUGAUGAGUGAAGUGCAGGAGAAGGCUUCAGUCCAUGCUGUAAGCAAGAAAGUGAAUUUACCAAGUUCAGCCCGUACUCAUUCAUCUGAUAAAAUCAGUACUCCAUCAAGCAAUAUGUUGCUUAAUGAUCAUUUAGACCUUAACAGGUGGCUUCCACCUGAAAUAUGCAGCAUCUAGGAAAAAGGAAUCUCAAAGUUAUAUGAUUGGCAGGUUGAUUGCCUUCAGGUGGAAGGUGUCUUGCAGAGAAGAAAUCUGGUAUAUUGUGCUUCUACAAGUGCUGGCAAGAGUUUUGUUGCUGAGAUUUUAAUGCUACGAAGGGUGGUUUUGACGGGAAAAAUGGCAAUGCUUGUUCUCCCUUAUGUGUCAAUUUGUGCAGAAAGGGCAGAACACCUUGAGCGUCUUCUUGAGCCGCUUGGCAAACAUGUACGUAGUUAUUAUGGAAAUCAAGGUGGUGGAUCACUUCCUAAAGAUACUUCUGUAGCUGUCUGCACAAUAGAGAAGGCAAACUCUUUGAUAAAUAGAUUAUUGGAAGAGGGCCGUCUAUCAGAAAUGGGAAUUAUUGUGAUAGAUGAACUACAUAUGGUUGGUGAUCCAAGUAGAGGUUAUCUUCUAGAACUUAUGUUGACAAAGCUUCGUUAUGCUGCUGGUGAAGGUCACUCAGAAUCAAGUAGUGGAGAAAGUUCAGGUGGAAGCAGCAAUACUGAUCCUGCUCAAGGACUGCAGAUAGUUGGAAUGAGUGCGACAAUGCCAAAUGUAGCUGCAGUUGCUGAUUGGCUUCAAGCUGCACUAUACCAGACAGAGUUUCGACCAGUUCCCUUAGAAGAAUAUAUUAAAGUUGGUAAUUGUAUUUACAACAAGAGAAUGGAACUUGCUAGAACAGUAUCGAAAGCAGCUGACCUUGGUGGUAGAGAUCCUGAUCAUGUUGUUGAGCUGUGUAAUGAGGUCGUUCAAGAGGGACAUUCAGUGUUAAUAUUUUGCUCUAGCAGAAAGGGAUGUGAAUCAACUGCAAAGCAUGUGGCAAGGUUCCUUCGAAAGUUUACUGUUGACAUUCAAAAAAAUGAUUGUGAGUUUGCUGAUAUUACUUCAGCUAUUGACUCUUUGAGAAUGCCCAGCUGGGUUGACCCCACAUUAGAGGAAACACUUCCAUCUGGUGUUGCAUUUCACCAUGCUGGACUUACGGUUGAGGAAAGAGAGAUCAUUGAAACUUGUUACCGCAGAGGCCUUUUGCGUGUCUUAACUGCUACAUCAACCUUAGCAGCUGGAGUUAACCUGCCGGCUAGGCGGGUCAUUUUUUCGCCAGCCUAGAAUUGGUCUUGAUUUAUUGAUGGGACGAGGUACAAGCAGAUGGCUGGUCGGGCUGGUCGAACUGGAAUUGAUACAAAAGGAGAAAGUGUACUAAUCUGCAAAUCAGAAGAGAUAAAAAAAGUUAUGGGACUUCUUAAUGAAAGCUGUCCACCACUACAUUCGUGUUUAUCUGAAGAUAUCAAUGGAAUGACUCAUGCAAUUUUAGAAGUGGCUGGAGGAGGAACGGUUCAAACUGCUAAUGAUAUUCAUCGUUAUGUUAGAUGCACUCUUUUGAACUCCACAAGACCAUUUCAAGAUGUGGUUAAAUCAGCGCAGGAAUCCCUUAGAUGGCUGUGCCAAAGAAAAUUCCUUGAAUGGAAUGAAGAAGAAAAAACUUACAGUACAACACCUGGGCGUGCAGCCUUUGGCAGUUCUCUCUGUCCAGAAGAAUCACUUAUUGUGCUAGCUGACCUUUCAAGGGCCAGGGAAGGAUUUGUCCUCGCAUCGGACUUGCAUUUAGUUUACUUGGUGACACCAAUCAAUGUUGAUGUUGAGCCAGAUUGGGAACUGUACUAUGAACGUUUUGUGCAAUUGUCUCCACUUGAUCAGUCAGUAGGCAAUCGUGUGUGUGUGACAGAACCAUUCUUGAUGCGCAUGGCACAUGGCGCACCAAUAUGCACUUCUAACAAGUCCAAGAACACUACAAAACGGAUGCAUAGUAAGCAAGGAAAUCAAAUUGGGACACCCCAUGGAACAAUUAACUCAGAUGAUCAAACACUUCGUGUGUGUAAAAGAUUCUAUGUUGCUCUUAUUUUGUCAAGACUAGUUCAGGAAACACCUGUGGGUGAGGUUUGUGAAGCUUUCAAAGUUGCCAGAAUGGUUCAAGCCUUGCAAGAGAAUGCUGGAAGGUUUGCAUCUAUUUCUGUUUUCUGUGAGAGACUUGGGUGGCAUGAUCUUGAAGGUUUGGUUGCCAAGUUUCAAAAUCGUGUAUCGUUUGGAGUCAGAGCAGAGAUUGUAGAGCUUACCACUAUUCCAUACCAGAGCACCUCUUAUAAAGCAGGUUUACGCACACCUCUUGCAAUUGCUGAAGCAUCCAUUCCUGAAAUAGUAAAAGUACUAUUUGAAUCUGCAUCAUGGGCUUUGGAAGGUACUGUGCAAAGGCGUGUGCAAGUUGGUGUAGCCAAGAAGAUAAAGCAUGGUGCUCGUAAGAUUGUUCUUGAUAAAGCUGAAGAGGCAAGGGUUGCUGCCUUUUCAGCCUUUAAAUCACUUGGCUAUAAUGUCCCGCAGUUUGCUCCCUCAAUGUUGUCCCCUGUUGCUUCGACUCUAAUAGGCAAGGAGCAGGGGCACCUCCUCCGGAACAUGUCUACUGAAAAGUCUCUAGUUCCAGUUGAGGACUCUCUAAAAUAUGAGGGGUGGGCCAAUGGUACUUCUAAAUCUAUCAAAGAUACAGCUUACUGCCACUGGUACGUUAUGGAAAUCAAUGAUCAUACUGGGCCCCGUGACAGGUGUCUUCCUCAUGCAUGUACUCUGGAAGUGAAGAAAGAUUAUCCAGUGAUGAUGCUGCAGCAGCUAACCGGAGUGGAAGAUGGAAGAUCAGAUGGCGUAGAGCUGCACACAAUGGGUGCUGCCGUCGGGCAGCACAAAUGCGAGCGUUUGUUCUGUUCUAUGGAAAUUACUUGUUCUGAGGAACUUUGUUGGAGUGCUUAUGAGCAUAGAAAUCCCGUACAUGUUCUUGCUGAUAUGGAGUGCUGCGGAAUUGGUGUUGACUUGGAGAGAUGCAUCCAGGCUCGUAAAUUGUGCAAGAGACUGAGGCAUCUUGAGAAAGAAGCUUAUAAGCUGGCUGGGAAGACUUCAUUGCAUAUGCCAGCAGAUAUCGCAAAUGUACUAUAUGCACUUGAGCUGCCCAUACCUACUGGGAGCAAUAAAGGAAAGCAACAUUUGAGUACUGACAAGCAUUGUUUGGACGCACUAAGGCAUGAGCAUCCCAUUGUUCCAGUCAUAAAAGAGUAUCGCAUGUUGGCAAAGCUCUUAAACUCUACUCUGGGGUCCAUAUGCUCACUGGCUAGGCUGUCUGUGAGCACACAGAAGUAUACAUUGCAUGGUCAUUGGCUCCAGACAUCCACAGCAACUGGUCGGCUGUCGAUGGAGGAACCUAAUCUUCAGUGCGUUGAACAUGAGGUGGAAUUCGAUGUGGAAGAGGAUAAAAAUGGUGGUGAUGCUGAUGAUCGUCACUAUGUUGUUAAUGCUCGUGAUUUCUUUAUCCCUACUCAGGAAGAUUGGUUGCUGUUAACAGCUGAUUAUUCUCAAGUAGAAUUGAGGUUGAUGGCUCACUUCUCAAAAGACUCUUCACUCAUUGAACUUCUUAGUAAACCUCAUGGUGACGUCUUUACAAUGAUAGCAGCUAGAUGGAUUGGGUGUUCUGAGGAUUCUGUGGGCCCCCCUGAAAGAGAUCAGACCAAAAGGAUGGUGUAUGGCAUUCUUUAUGGUAUGGGUGCCAAUAGCCUUGCAGAGCAACUGGAUUGCUCUCCAGAUGAAGCUGAUGAAAAGAUUAAAAACUUCAAAAGCUCUUUUCCUGGCGUUGCUUCUUGGCUUCAAGAAGCUGUUGCAUCUUGUCGUGGCAAAGGAUAUGUGGAGACUCUCAAAGGAAGAAAACGAUUUUUGUCUAAAAUAAAAUUUGGCUGCACUAAAGAAAAAUCAAAGGCUCAGAGGCAAGCUGUGAAUUCCAUUUGUCAGGGAUCCGCUGCUGACAUAAUUAAGAUCGCAAUGUUAAGAAUCUACUCUGUUAUUGUCGAUGGCAUUGAUAGCCCAUGCUCAAGUUCUUCAUUGUCUACCAACUUUCAUGUGCUCAGAGAUCGGUGUCGCAUUCUGUUGCAGGUUCAUGAUGAAUUGGUGCUCGAAGUUGAUCCCUCUGUAAUAAAGGAAGCUGCCCUGCUGUUGAAGACUAGCAUGGAGAAUGCUGUCUCACUUCUUGUUCCUCUGCCCGUUAAACUCAUGGUUGGGAGAACAUGGGGAUCUUUGGAGCCUUUGAGACCUGAUUAAGUUCAAAGACUGGGAUUAUGGCACUGACUAGGUUGUUCUUCAGGACAUCAGGAAAAUUCUUAACAUGUUGAGCAAUGCAGCCGCUUAGAUUUGCAAGUGAGACUCUGAAGGGCGGGAAAUUAUGAGAAGAUUGUUGUUUCUAGCGGCAGGAAAGAAGUCAAGAACAUUGCUGCGGUCAUUUAAGUUACAGUGAGUAAUUUUUUAGCCUCUGAUACAAAAUCAAAGAAAAGAUUAAUAAAGUAGCAAGAUGAGCUUCAAUGCUCAGCACGCGGCAAUACAGCUAUGAGGCUUCAAUUCAUUGUUUUUUUAUAGAAAAAUUAAAAUAUUGUAGAGUUCAUAGUCAAAGGUAAUGUAAAUGGAAUAACACGUUUUGAAAAGUUAAAAUCAUUAUUCCUUGA